AUGUCGACGCUAACCCAGACGACGGAUGAGACGAUCUCAUUCCAUGGCCGAUUUUUCCAAGAUGAUAUCGCACUGACUCAGCGUAACCGACAUGCACCGCCUAGAGAAGAAGUAGAAUCUGCAAGCCCGCCAUCAAUCGCUCCCGCAGAGACCUCCGAGACGCAAUCUUCGAAUCGACAAGCUGCUAUCAUUACUGUUGCCUCUUUUACGGUUGUCUUCACUUGCUGCGGUAUCAAUUUUGCUUUUGGAAUCUUCCAAGCCGUGUUUGAAACCCUUUCGCAUCAGCCAGAUACCCCCUUUACCGGAGCAUCGCCCGCAGAGAUCGAUCUCAUUGGCACCAUGUCCAUAUCUCUUAUGACUAUCGGAGCUCCAUUUGUAGUCGCAUGGGCCAAGCGCUUCUCGCCUUCAUUGAUAUCUCUUAUCGGGUCCAUCAUAUUCUCGGCAUCGCUCAUUCUGGCGAGUUUUGGAAAGGCUCUGUGGCAUUUCGAGGUCACACAAGGGGUUCUGCUCGGAUUAGGAACCUGUCUGAGCUACAUGGUUGCCGUGACGAUUACCCCUACAUGGUUCACUGCUCGUCGUGGUCUUGCAUUAGGGAUAAUCACUUCUGGCACGGGUAUUGGAGGCCUUGUUUGGGCUCCUGCACUGAAAGCAGCGAUUGACUCCAUGGGCUAUAGAAAUGCCCUGCGCCUUGCUGGAGGAAUCGCCUUCGGACUUAAUGUUGCAGCUAGUUAUGCUAUGGAAUGGGAACCAGCGACGAAGGCUCGUAUCCAAAUGGAGAAUGGAGCAAGAACGAGCCGCAUGGAUGGCAUCCUCAAGGUGCCUAUUGUUGAUUGGCGCGUAGCACGAACACGCAAGUUUGUUGCUCAAGCACUGGGUGCUGUCUUUCAGUCUGCAGUCUACUACCUCCCGCUCUUCUUCUUCGCCACUUACGCGAGGACUCUGGGAUACAGCGACACAGCCGGCGCAAAUUUCAUUGCCUUGAGCAAUGCGUGCAAUGCAAUUGGAAAAAUUGCCAUCGGCUAUGCAGCAGAUCAUCUAGGACGACUAAACGCUCUUGUCAUUACCACGAUCAUUAGUGCUAUUGCGACUGUUAGUUUUUGGCUCCCUUCAACAAUAUCUGGCGAUUUAGCUACAUCUCAAGGCCUAUUCAUCACUUUCACGGUCCUCUACGGUAUCUUUGCUAGUGCGUACGUGGCUCUAUUUCCUGCCAGUUUGGUGGAGCUAUUCGGUAUUCAAAAUUUUUCCUCCGUUAAUGGGGUGCUCUACAUGGUAAGAGGCUUGGCUUCUCUUGUUGGCACUCCAAUUGGCGGCGUUUUGAUCCGUAGCCAUUCUACUGGCGGCCCCUCGACGUCAUACGAAGGCAUGACACUGCUUACUACGGUCCUCCUCUUUGCUGCAUCUUUCUCAGUCAUGUGGGUAAGAAUAGAGGCGAUGAUAGGAGCCGAUGGAAAGCUUGUCAAGAAAUGGAAGUUGUGAAACAUUUCUUCUUCAAAGACUUAUUUGCGAUACUGCUGUUGUUUAGCUCUUCCAAAGCUUCACAACUAGCUUGAAUGAAGCAGAUAUCUAAUGUCAUCUGCUCUUACCAACAGGGCAACGGGUUAUUGCAGCCAUCAAUAGUAUAUGAACGGAAGAUAAAGCGCGGAUGCAGCUGCUGAAGUAAGGGUAUAAAACAUGAGGGCGGAUAUAAAACUAGGUUUUUUUUUUCUCUCAAAGCAAACACAAGACCAAAAUAGAUUCUGCAUCGAUUUCAUUUUCUAAUACCC